AUGGCCUCGACCAGCAAGCUGUCCAAGACCAAGACCAAGGAGGUGAUCGAUGCGCUCCGGCAGGGCCUCCAGCUGGUCAUUGCGGCGCCGACGGUGGCGACGGUCAUGACUGAUGGCACGGCUCUCGCGCUGGACGCUGUCAUGCUGGACGGACGCCUCCCGCAUCGGAUCCGGUUCCUCGCCGGCUGGAUCCUCCGUGCCGCCGGCGAGAACCAGGGUCUGUACAACUCGUCAGCACGAGUCAUCGGCUCACCCGGCCAAACCAUCGCCGAGUUUGUUCCGCUCCUCGACCUCUCGCCGGCAGGCAAGUCGCUCACCCGCGCGUGCUCGCUCAUCGCGUACGCCACGGUUGCGAUCGAGGGCGUGGUGGACGGCAACGAGGCGGCAGCACUCCAUGCCGUCUUUGACGAAGCUCUGGCCUCGGUCCUCGCCCGUGGCUACACCCAGCCUGCGGUUGAGCGCAAGCGCGAGUCGGUGUGGGGAUUCGGCUCGUCGAGCUCGGGCAGCGGCUCAGGCGGGCCAGUCGAGGUAACCGAGCUUGACGGCUCACGGGCUCUCGGCCCAGCGACCAUUCUCUCCAUCACCGGCAAGUACUCGCACGAGCAGCUCUUUGCGGCGCUCGCCUUUUCAUUGGUGCGAGAGCUGCUGAGCGCAAACGCCUCGGUCCACAGCCCGGCGCUUCGCGACGCACUGCUUGGCUACUGCAUGCGGCUGCUAGCGCAGGCUGAGAAGACCGAGUCGGCCUCGCUCUUUGACUCGCUCGCCAACGCCUCUGGAUUUACACUUUCGCGGACCAAGGCCCACCCAAUCGACGAGGCUUCGCUGCAGGCUGCGACCGUCGACGUGGUGCGGCUGCUCGACACCCUCGCCGCGCAGGAUCCAGACGUCAUCCCGGACGUUUUUCCCAUUGUGCAGCGGCUGUAUGCACGCAACCUCAAGCGGCCUGACGGCUUUGUCUUUCUCGCCCUUCUCCGCUUCUUCCUCCACCACUCGGCCGCGGUCGGCUAUGACACCGACCCGGUCUUUGCCGCCUUCUUUCAGGGCUUUCUGGGAAACCACGUCGACGACACGCUGCUAACGACGGCGACGCUCGGGUUCUGCCUCGGCGCCGCCGACGAGCUCGCCGCCAGCACCGGGGUCUUCAAGCACUACUACCCAGUCCUCCUCCAGGCCAUCGCCUUUGCCCCGCACACUCUCGCCGCUGACGCGCUGGCCCUGCUGCCGCGCAUCGCGUCGAGCGCAUCGGCCGUGGAGCUUCUGCACUCGCUCCUCGAUUUGCCGCUCAUGUCGGCCACGAUGGAGACCCGCCGUGCUGGCGGCGCCGCCGCCGCCGUCUACCGCGUCCUCUACAACUACGUGCUCCGGACUGAGGCCGGCGUCUCGAUCAACUUUUGGGAGUCGACCACAACCGCCGAGCUCAUGUCGUCGUUCUGCGCCGAAAUCCGCAUGUCGCCGCGCAUCCACGCCGCCGCCCAGCUCGCGCCGGCGCUACUCACCGCCUUCUUCGACGUUGUCCUCGCCCUCCCACACCUUGACUCGAGCCUCGCCACCACGCUCUUUACUCAUGCCCUUGCCCGCUUUGAGCAGCUCUUUCUCCUUGACCUCUACACCGUCGCCGUCCGUGGGGUUCUUGUCGAGUACGUGCUCGCGCUUAUCUCGCGCUUUCCCAUCCUCGUCGCCACCGCCCGCGACGACAUUGUGGCUGUUCUCGCCGGCGGCGCCACGCCAGGCACCCUCGAGCUCCACACCGCGCUCACCUGGGCGGUUGGCCAGUACGCUGCACCCGAGACCUCCCCGUCGUUCACCUCGGAGGUCCUCGACGAUCUCCACUCGACACUCCAGGUCAUGGUUUUUGAGCACAUCGCGUCGGCCGCGCAGGGUCGCGACGUGCUCGCCGCCCUCGGCUUUGAGCCCGACGUCCUCAACAGACUCAUGUACAUCCUCAUCUCGGCCCUUGCCAAGCUCGCCGCUCGCUACCAGACCCUCACUCCCUCGGUCACCCUCUGCCUCACCAAGCUCAUCUCCAAGGCCGAUCUCUUCGAUCCGUACGUCAUCUCGGCCGCCUCGCAGCACAUCCGCCUCCUCCAGUUCCCCGGCAUGGCCGCCGCCCUCCUCGCUGCCCCGACCCAGCCCGGCUACGUCGACGACAACUCCUCGCUCGCCUUUGUCCUCCAGGCCCACACCUCCAUGCUCGGCUCGCGCGAAGCUUUCGGCGAGACCAUGUCGCGAGUGCUGUCGAACGGAAAGGCGCAGCCUUCGCCGACGCUGAGCAAGGAGAAGCGGGCGCGGUUUCGGGAGGCGUUUGCUCGGAUGGACCACGACGGGUCGGGCCAACUCAACGCUAACGACAUUAGCGAGCUGCUCAGCAGGCUCGGGUACGAGGUGACGCGGGAGGAGGUGCUGGGCUACAUCGGCGAGGUGGACGAGGAUGGUGAUGGCGAGAUCUCGUUUCCAGAGUUUGUGGACAUGCUGACGCUGCACAAGAACGCGGUUCUUGCCGGAGUCGUCGAUGAUCUCAUUCUCUCGGACGAGCAGAUUCGCGAGCUGGAGGACGUGUUCAACCUGUUUGACGCUGAUCGCGAUGGCACCAUUUCGGCGAGCGAGCUUGAAAAGGUGCUGCGUGAUUUGGGGCAAGAGGUGGAUCAUGACGAGCUGGUGGAGAUGAUUGCCGAGGUGGACGAGGACGGCAACGGGGUCAUCGACUUUGACGAGUUCUGCCUCAUGAUGUCGCGGCGGAUGAAGGACUCGGACCUGCAGUCGAACAUUGCGUCUGUCUUUUCGCUGUUUGAUCCCGACGAGACCGGCGCUGCCACGCCCGACGCCAUCGUCUCGGUCUUUGCCUCGGUCGGCGAGACCAUCACCCGUGCCGAUGCGGUCCGGCUCCUUCGGGCCGCCGACGCCGACCACGACGGCUACGUCACGCUCGAUGACCUUCUGGACGUCAUGGGCAUCACGCGGUCGGGCUCGUCGGCCUCGCUCCACACCAUGUCGGCGCUCAAUCUCUCAUCGUUCCUCUCGUCGUCACAGAGUCUGGCGUCGCUUGCGCGCGACGGGUAGUUUACGCGUCGGGCGAGUCGUGCUCAGCGAGGAGGGCCUUACUCGCCUGCAGAGCGUCGUUGGCGGCGGCGACCGCGGCGCCGGCGUCCUCGGACGACGCCGGGUCGACUGCCUGGGUCUCCAUGACCUCCUCGAGGUCCUCGACAGCUGCGGUGAGCCGCUUGAUGCAAUCUGCGAUCAUCAUGUGCGACUCGGCAGCGACGGCCUUCUGCUUGUUCACAUCGUACUCGUCGCGGCCUUCGGCCUCGUACUUGCGAACGCGCUCGGCCUCGCGCUCAGACUCUUCCUUGUACCCGUGUGUCUCGCGCGAAAUGCUGUAUGUCGAUGGCCAGCACAGCAUCCAUCAUUAGCAAGUGUGGCGAUCAAAGCACACCCAUGACCA